AUGGAAGAGACAAAAAUAAACCAGGUGAUAAAAUCCGAAAUCUUGAAUUACGGAGAAAACACAUCUGUAAGAGUGAUAUCGAAGUUUACCAGAUCAAAAGAUGCUUUCCUCAAACUGCUGUGGCUCGUUUUGUUGAUGGGCUCAACAUCCUAUAUGAUCCAGAGACUGUAUGUAUUAUUGAGUGACUAUUAUGCAUACCCUGUUACAACGCAGUACGGAGAAAAUGUUGGUCAGAAUAUAAUAUUUCCAGACAUAACAAUAUGCAAUUUGGAUCCUUUUGCCUCACUCAAACUAGAUGAUCAAUUUCUUAGUGAUUUUUCUAGCAAAUUGAAAUUCAUUAAAAAUAGAUUUUUUGAAAUUAUAAAAGAUGAAUUAAACUUAUUAGAAAAAUCAGCCUUGGAUGUCUUAAAUGGAGCAUUUGAAGAAAUGGCAUCCGUGUCAGGUUACUUGAUAAAUUUGGAAAAAGAAUAUCAACAAUCUGACGACUGUCCAAAUUUUAUUGUCGAUUGUAGUUUUUUUGGUACUAAUUGGUUUGAAACGAGAGAUUCUUGUUCUAUUGCUAACUUUACGCGGCGUUGGAAUCCGAACUAUUACUCCUGCUACACGAUGGAAACAAAAAAUUUGAAAACGUCAAACUCAAAUAUUAUUAGAGGAAUAAGUUUGCUACUGAAUGUUGGCCCACCCAAUGUCAUUCCAUUAAUUUACAAAUCCUCACUAACAAGCUCUCAAGCGAGAGGAGUGCAGGUGAGUGUGCACAGUCCUGGAACCCCUCCUGACCUCAAGCGUGGGUUCAACGUAGCUCCUGGGACAGGAAAUAUCGUGGAAAUUGUUCAAAAAGAAAGGACACGAUUGAAAGCACCUCACAACAAAUCGAAUGAAAAUUUUUUAAGAUUGGAUUGCAUCGAAGAGAGUUCUAAUUCAUCAAAAAAAUACACAUACGAUUUGUGUAGAGAAUAUUGCCAACAAAACGAACUAAAAUUUAAGUCUGGCUGUUUAACACAUUUGCUGUUCAUAAAAGACAGAGACUUAGGAAGAUUUCCACUGUGUGGAAAUUUCAGUUACUACUUGAACUUGAGUUCAAGUGAUGCUUCACUCAACGAGUCCAUUGCUGAAUACGUAGUAAAUUUUUCGAACUCGUUAAUCAAAGCUCAGUGUACUGCGUAUCGUUAUAACAGUAAGUUGAUCAUUUGUUAUUUUUCAAUUAAGAAUAUUUUAUUAGUUUUUUUGAUAGAUAAAACUGUCUUGAUAAAAAAUGAUGAUUGUGAAAAGAAAUGUUUAAUGCUGUGCAACGAAAUCAUGUACCAAUCUUUCCUAACGUCAGCAACUUGGCCACAACCAUCAAUACAGCUUGAUAUCUUCCAAAAGUAUUUUAUUAGUGGUGGUUGUAUGAAAUAUUCUAAAGUUAAACAAAGAUACAUAAACUAUUUUGAUUAUUACAACGACAUUUUAAUUAACAACACGACCGAAAUACCAUUAUCGAGUUUGACUCAAAUGCAAAAAUCUUUACUCGAAAUCAAGUUUGUGAUGAAACAAAAUUUUCCGUUUUUUCAAUCUGAGAAGCCGGCGUACACGAGCGAUAUGAUGAUCGGGGCAGUGGGGGGGAUGUUGUCCCUUUGGUUGGGAGUCACUGUUGCAAGUGGAGUGGAGGUCAUAGAGCUGGUCUACUUAAUGAUGAAACGUUCUUGGCAAAAGAAAUUUUCUGACAAUGAAAAAGCAGGUGAUAAUAAUAAGGUUGCAAGAGAUGUCAGUUGUGAUCCUAAUGACGAUAAUCAGAAAUUUUCUGAUAAUACAAUGACAACCAAGUUAUGA